AUGGCGCAAAAGAACAACGCGCAGAGAAGAGGGAGAGGUCCCGAUGCGCACACACAGGCCAUGCGUUGCGUGGAGCAGCCGCCGAUUGGCGUGGAUCCCUUUGGAACAGUGUCGAUUGGCGAAAGCUGGCGGCGGGCUCCUCAGCGCUGCUCGCUGCGGACGUUCGGCAUCGUUUACUCGGUCGUCGUCGUGAUCCCGUCGUUUCGGACAGCGGCGGGGCGGCGCUCGCUGCAAACUUGCGCUGCCACCACAGCGCGAGUCGUCAUGGUCAACAGCAACGACUGCGGCUUCCACCCGUUUGUGACUCUUCACAUUGCUUCAGAAAGUGUGACGGGGGACGGAUACGACUGA